ACUAGACAACACGUGGAAUCAAAUGCGUUUGUUUCCUUCACCACUCGGAGAAAGAAAAAAAAAAGAAAGAACAUCGUGACAGGCGUCAGGCGUGACGUAUAGCUGAUGAAGAGUUCAGAGUUGCCCUGUUUGCUCAUGAGCCAUGAAGUCAAUUAUAAACGCUUCAUUCACCCUUUUCCAUCUCCAUCUCCAUCUAUUGCACGAGAACAUAUCCCAUCAAUUGCCAUUCGGCGAUGUCCACCUCCUCCACAACCUGCUUGGGGGCGCACAUCCUGGUCUACCCUUAUCUGAGUUCUGGCCAUAUUAUCCCCCUCCUAGAUCUCACCAAUUGCUUGCUCAACCGCGGCCUCAUAAUCACUGUUCUAGUCACCGCCAACAACUUGCCUUUGCUUGACCCGCUCCUUUCCUCCCACCCCUCCUCGCAGCUCCAGUCGUUGGUCUUACCUCACCCUGAAAAUGUCCCUCCUUCUAAAAAUCGACUUGCCGCUAACAUACGAUUCCUGCGCCAAGUCCACUAUCCUCUCCUUCUCAAUUGGUUCCAAUCACAUAGUUCCCCUCCUGUUGCUAUUAUCUCCGAUUUUUUUCUCGGCUGGACUAACGAAUUCGCCUCCCAGGUCGCUGUGCCACGCAUUAUCUUUUCGCCGUCGGGGGCCUUUGCUUUCUCUGUUUCGACUUACCUUUGGCGUGAACAACCGCAAAACGAUCAUCCGGAAGACCUGAAUUUUUCACUUUCAUUUCCUAAGGUUCCGAAUUCCCCGACUUAUCCCUGGUGGCAAAUCUCUCACCUUUACAGGAUGCCAAAAGACGCUGAUUGGGAAUUUUUCAGAAAUUGCAACCUGGCUAAUUCGGAGAGUUGGGGAAUCAUAUUCAACUCAUUCGCUGAGUUAGAACGCGUUUACCUUGAUCACAUGAAAAGGAAGUUUCAAGAUGAUCGCGUGUGGGCUGUAGGUCCAGUUUUACCGUCGGACGAUGAUUUCAAGGGAGCAGCUAACCGUGGCGGGUCCAGCUCCGUGCCAUGUCAUGAUGUUCUGACAUGGCUUGAUUCCCGUAAAGACCAGUCAGUCGUGUACGUUUGCUUUGGAAGCCGAACAGCUCUGACGUGUAAGCAAAUGGAUGAGCUUGCAGCUGCGUUAGAGAAAAGCGGAGUUCAUUUUAUAUGGUGCGUUAGGCAACCAGUGGACCAAGGCCAAACAGCAGGCGAUUACGGUGUUCUGCCAGAUGGAUUUGAAGAUUGCGUAGCUGACAGAGGAUUCAUUAUAAAAGGAUGGGCCCCGCAGGUAGCCAUAUUAAGGCAUCAUGCGGUUGGCGCUUUCUUGACUCACUGCGGAUGGAACUCGGUGCUAGAAGGUAUCGCAGCAGGCGUAGUGAUGCUAACUUGGCCGAUGGGCGCGGACCAGUUCACUAACGCGCAGCUACUAGUUGAUCAGUUGCAUGUGGGGAUUCGAUUUGGUGAGGGGACUCUGAACGUACCUGAGUCAGCAGAAUUGGCUCGAAUUUUGGCACAAUCUGUAGCGGAAACUCUGCCGGAAAGAUUGAAAGCCCAAAAAUUGCAGGAGGAAGCCUUGGGUGCCACUAAAGGAGGGAGCUCCAGUACUGAUUUGGAUGGGUUGGUUCGAAGGCUAAACAAACUCAAACUUAAAAGGGAUGGUGGUGCGAUCAAUUGACCUGAAGGAAGAGAUGAGACAACGUCGCAUUGAUGCUCAAUUGGAUGCAUAGACAUAGCAGAAGGAAAUAAGAGAGGAUUGUGGUGUUUGAUGUCUCUAGUAGAGAAAAUUUAGUAAUUUGGAUUCUACCAAAUUGGAUUUUAGAAUUCA